AUGAGGGCUCUUCGUGUUGCAAAUGAUGACAUUGCUAACACUCCACAAAUGUAUGAAGACAGCACUGAAGAAGCAGCCAAUUAUGAAACCCCACUGGCAACAAAUCAUCAAGGGGAAGCAGAGAUUGAAGUGGCUAACCCUUUAGUAAUGAAGAGAAGUCAGAAUGGGAAGCUCGUGGUAAUUUAUAUCACCUUCUUGAAUGUACCCGUUCAUCUACUUGCCCCUGGACCUGCACUUCCCCUCAAAAGCAAUGGCGUUGCGAGGGGGGCUUCAGCCCCCCAAGUUUGGUUCAAGCCCCCCCAACUCCAGUCGAAAUGCGUCCGCCCCAACCUGACAAGGCGAAAGUGCCUUCAUACGGAAGCUCACCACAAGCAUCCAAAGAGGUGUCUCGCUAACAAAGAAGUUGCUGCCUCUACAAAAGUGGAUAUUCCUGACAUUUCUGUUGAAGAUGCACUCAGGGAAUUGGCCCUUUCAGGAGAAGUUGCAAGGUGGCUUCAUUCAGCUUCAUUUCCAACUCUGCUCAAGAAGCUGACUGAUGCCCUUGACAAGUUUGCCAAUGCCUUCCAGGAGAAGGCAGCAAUAUUAUCAGUGCAAGAGUUCCUUAGUCGUCGUAGUGUCAUGUCAAGACUCAUUUUGAAGCUAGAGCCACUGAUGACUGAUGCCCUUGACAAGUUUGCCAAUGCCUUCCAGGAGAAGGCAGCAAUAUUAUCAGUGCAAGAGUUCCUUAGUCGUCGUAGUGUCAUGUCAAGACUCAUUUUGAAGGAUGACUGCAGCAACAGGGCUGCAAAAAAGCUUCUGGGACCACACUGCCUGCUGCAUCUUGAUCAGCAGUCAGUGCAAUUCACAUUUUCUGCUACCUCUCAAGUCACUGCGAAGGAUGUGUCCCCAGAAGAAGGAGCAAUAAUAUGCUUGGGCUUCUACUUCAUGAGGGACAUAUCCUAUCCUGCAGCAUAUGGACAGUUACUUGGAUUUCUUCAAAUUAGACUUGCCAUGACGUGGAGCACCGUCCAGCUCGAUCGCAAGGCGUAG